UCUAAUUCAAUUAAAAACCCUCAGCAUCCAUUUCUCCUCCACCUCGUCUCCACUUGAGGAAACAACAGACUGCAGAGGGGAAUCAAAACAUCAGUUUUAUUAGCCAGCAGCCGGGGAUCGGACCCCUUCACCGGGAUGCUGCUCCAGCACAGACUCCACUAGACGGUCCAGGAGCCGCUGCCAACAUGUUCAGGCGAGGUUAUGUUGGGGUGGAGUUACUGCUGGUGCUGUGUGGCCUGGAUCUCUCUUCGCCUUGCCCUCGCCACUGCAUCUGCUACACCUCUCCCAGCACCGUCUCCUGCCAGGCGCACAACUUCCACGCCGUGCCUGAGGGCAUCCCUGCCCAGAGCGAGCGGGUCUUCCUGCAGAACAACAAGAUCCAGCGGCUGCUUCGCGGCCACUUCUCGCCCACCACCACCAUGUUGUGGCUUUACUCCAACAACAUCUCCUACAUACAACCCUCCACCUUCCACGGAUUUGAUCGCCUGGAGGAGCUGGACCUCGGGGACAACCGGCACCUGCAGGCCAUUGCCUCGGACACCUUCCUGGGGCUCGGGAGGCUACACGCGCUGCACCUAUACCACUGUGGCCUGGUCACACUGCCUCCAGGCAUCUUUGCGGGCCUCAAUAACCUCCAGUAUCUCUACCUACAGGACAACCAGUUGGAGUUCCUGGAGGACGAUCUCUUCAUCGACCUUCUGAACCUCAGUCAUCUCUUCCUUCACGGCAACAAGCUUUGGAGCCUUCGGCAGAACACCUUCCGUGGUCUGGGAGUCCUAGACCGCCUACUUCUGCACCAGAACCGUAUCCAGUGGGUGGACCGCCAAGCAUUUCAUGACCUGCGGCGCCUCACCACCCUGUACCUGUUUAAUAACUCCCUCACUGAGCUAUCCGGAUCCAGCUUGACUCUACUGCCGGCCCUGGAGUACCUGCGACUGAACGACAACCCGUGGGAGUGUGACUGCAAGGCGCUGUCGCUCUGGGAUUGGCUGCGCAGGUUCAGAGGCUCCACCUCAUCUCUGAUGUGCGUUUCACCUCCAGAAAUGGCGGAGAAGGACCUGAAGACGCUGAAGAAAGAGGAGCUGCCCAGUUGCCUGGCGGCCGAGGGUCGUCCACGCGGUGACCAGGGCGGGGAGAUGGACCACGGAGAGUCUUUGAACCACCUGAAUCGUCACAGAAACCAUCACACCCACCAUCAGCGACCGUACUUGCCCCACGGGGAUCAGUACAGCUUGCCUUCACCCUCGCCCCUACCGCGGCCCCCCAAGGGAGGCCGCAGAAACUGCACCCGUCGGGGCCGCAAAGUGAAAGGGGGGCUGAACGAGGUGCAGGUACUGCGGGACGGGGGUGAGAAAGACUACACUGCAGAUGGAGGUAAAUAUGAUCCGUCUGGAACUGCAAGGAGGAAGAACAAGUGCAUCCCCAGAACUUCUGUCGGCCCACCGAGUGGGGUCCAGAGAGCCACGAAUAACGCCGGGUCACACUUUGCAGAUUUCUGUUUACUAGCCGCUCUGCUGCUGACACACUCCGCUCUGUCAUAAGCCGAGACAGGAAACGGACACUUUUCUGCCGGGGGUCCCACCUUGUGAUUCAUUCUCCUGAACCACCGUGUCCUGGCUCUUUGAAUGAGGCAUAUGUGCAUAACCAUGUUUGUACAUGACUGUUUGUAACGAAUAUUGUCAAAUAUCUAUGUCAAAGUAUCCGUGCUGUAUCAAGGAGGGAACCUCCGUGGAUCAAAUACAAAACAUGGGAAAACAGGGAAAGCUAUUCAUAUUAUAUUGCUUUGAUGAUGUCACCGAGGGAAACGUUGGGAAAUCUUAACAUUUUGUCACUGUGGCAUCAAUUGAGUCACUUAAUGCAUAUUAUUAUUAUGGGGGGAAAAAAAUUUACAGCUACAUAUAACCGCAAGCCAACUCAACUCAUUCAAGUAACAGCGAGAAAGACGCACAAUAAGGAUGAGAUCAAUUCAGGGUUCUGCUUCUAUGUUUAGCCCUCCACACAAUAAUCCUCUCCCAGUGAGGUGCACUUCAUCUCUGAGUGAGAUGAAGUCAUUCAUAACUGUCACACUGCUAACUCAUCAUUAAAAUCCAGAAGUAAGAUACUAAAUAUACAAGUGGCAGUAAUCAUCGUACUGCUACAGCAGUAACAACUAGAAUCAUUAUCCAGUAAUAAAGAGAUUUGACUUGCAUGUCUCACUAGAAGGUGAAGCGCAUCUUGACCUCAAAAGAUGCCUGUUGCAGGAUCCUUGCAACAGAUCUACUUAAAAGCCAUUCAGAACCAACAUUUCAUUGUAAAGAGAAAAAUUGGUCACACUAGGUGUAAAUGAGUGAGGGAAAGACUGUAACUGUAUUGUUUGAGUGUGUCUGCUUGAAAAAUACGAGAAAAAACUAAAGCCAUUCGGGUAGAACGACACAAAGAGAAGAGGAUGCGCAGUGAGGAACAAGUGGCCAAGGAGGACACACUAUGGAGUUAAGGCGAUGGCUUUAUUCACUCUUCAAAUCAACUCGCUACAAAACGGUCAAAGGAGCAAUCAGAGCCUGACCCACUGGACGUCUGACUUCCACAAACUGUUACGCGCCUUCCUUUGAAAUGCCGUGGACGCUAAAAAAGACAGAGUACAGAUAAUUCACUCCAAAUUAGGCACAGGAUGUUUUCAAACGCUGGAAAAAAAAUCAGGGAGGAGUGCUGAUGAUCACCACAACUCCACAUAUACAUAUAUUGCAGUGGUCUGAACAACUGCAUAAGAAAAGAAAAAAAACAACUGCUGAGAAUAUGCGUUGAUCCCCACGGGGCAAAGGGACUGACAAUCUCCUGCCGCAUUCCUGUCCUUGUCCUCUCCGGUUUGUUCGAUGUACCCCAAAAAACCAAAGGACUCGACAAUCUGUAAGCACUGCGGAGCGGACAGUUGGACAUUAACGCUGCUACAUCACAAGGGCAGAGAGGACUAUGGGACGCGGUGUUUCUGUACAAACUGGAGCCGUCCAAGCACACACGAGACCCCGAGGAAGCCCGAUCACCUUCACGGCCUUCCUGUCACACUGGAAACUACUAACCCGUUAGACCGGGGAUUUCAAACCCCCAGAGCAGAGCACCGCGGGUCACGACUUCGGACCUGGACUAUUUCAAAGAGAUCCACUGAACCCCUGUACAGACGCACACGGGCCAUCCGGGUACCUUAAACCAGCCAGAAAUGCUAAAGGUCUUUAUUUCUUUUAGCAUUGCACAGUUAUAAAUUCUAUUUUAAGGAAAGGAGCUGCCCUUGUACGCUAAAUACAACGGCUGAAAAAGCUAAACUUGUGGCAUGCUGACAAAAAGCACAAGAACUUACCAGUAUGGUUUGUUGGCAACCUGAACACGUGUGGUUUGGAUGGGAACCAGAGAGCAGGGGCCGCAUUUGCACCUUGCCUGUGUGCGUUCUCUGCUGAGCCCCACCUCUUUAUGUCUAUCUAUCUAAAUGUUGGGGACGAACAGAAGCUCUGAUCACUGGUGUCUUUCUUCUGACAUGUAGGAUUAGAAACCCCCUUCUGGUGAACUUGUUUGUGCUGCUGUGAUCCCAGAGGUGAUGUAAAUUGUGUCCGUUUAUCCAGUGAGGAUGAUAUUUUUUUCUUUUUGUAAAGAAAAAAAAAAAAGGAAAAAAAAGGGGGGGAGGUCUCCAUUGUGUAUAGUUCCCUAAAAAUGGAACUUUAUUUUUUAUUAAAUAAGAUUUUAAUUAUUUUAUUUCUUUUUAUUGCUGACUCAUUCAAGAUAUGGUACAAACAAACCCAGCACUGCCCCUCCUGACCCUCCUCUAUGCUUUUCUAUCCCGUAUCUACCCCUGUGUCUUUCCCUCCCACCCUACCUGCUUGCAUUUCUCCCCCUCCUUCUCCACCUCCUCCUCUUCCUUCCUCGUUGCUCCCUUCUCUAUCUCCCUAUUCUUUUUCCCUCCUCUCUUCCGUUGUGCAACCCAAAUGUUUUGUAUGUGGUUAUCCAACAAUGCCAGACUCAAAAGCUGUUUAGAAAUAACAUUAAACAGAAAGUGUC